AUUAGGAAAUCUUCAGAAAAGGGACAACUUUGCACUAGUUUAUGCUGCUGGAAUUAUCUUUAUCCACAGCUGCAGAAAAAGAGCAAACAUUGGUUCCUAACUAUAAUAAACUACCAUCAUUUGAGCUAUUUCUAUUUGUUAGACAUGAUGUGAAGGGCUUAACAUACAUUAUUUCAUUUCAUCCUUAUAAAAACUUGUAAAGUACAAACGACUAUCCCAAUUUUAAAGAUGAGAAAAGAGAAGCCUUGAUAUUUAUCUGUCUUGCCUACUGCCAUCCAGAAGGUACAUGGGAGAGAUGAUAUUAAAAUGCAUAUUUCUCAGAUUCCAGAGCCAUUCUUUUAUUCACUGUAAUAUAGAGCUUGCUUCAGUAAAUUUUUUCUUAGUUCAAGCAUAGUCCUGUCUGGGAAAAUCAAGCACAAGUUAUUUACAGGUGAAUCCUUCUUUCUGAAAAAAGUCAUCAUUAUCUUCAUCAUUCAUUUUGUACAAUACCAUAACUGAGAUAGGCAUUAAACUUCUUUAUGUUAAUAUUUUUAUAUGAGGAACAAUACCUUUAGGAAAUGUUUAACCCUAGUUUUUGAUAGGCUACCUAUAGAAUUGCGGUCUCUCUCUUUCAGUGUGUGCGUAGAUAAGUUAGAGGGCAGUUUUAUAACUCUAAAUCAAAAUAGAAACAAAAAUUUAAAUUUGAUGUUAAUAAGGAAAUAAAAAUGGUUUCCACGUAUCAUUUUCUACAUGCCAUCAGCUUCAACACGACUAAAAAUGUGAAUGUUCCAUAAAUAAGCACUUUGGAAAUAUUAUUUCGGGAUAGAAUAACAUGAAGCAUAUGACAUUAUUUUCUUCCCCUUUAAAAUUCUGUGGUGUUGGCUGUAGUGUACACUGCUCACAAUUUCAGGCACAAGGUGUCGCUCUUUACUCAAUGGAAGAGUUCAUUCAUAGGUUGGUUGCUCGGAACAGUCACUCUCGUUGCAUGCCGGAACAGACUCCAUCAUGCCGGAUGCUACUGUUAAAGGAUCCUUUAAAACUUCUAAAAAAUUCAGCGAGAUUUUUUAUCCUUAAUCUGGAAUAACUGGUUCUGUAAAUGUAAAGAAUCUUAUUUUGGUAAUCAAUGUUGUGUGCGAUGUUGGGUUCUCAGAAAGGGGAGUUGGGCACUUGGCGUCUGCUGCUCUCCCUUCUGCUGCUCGCCGCCUGGGAGACUGGGAGUGGCCAGGUCCACUAUUCGGUCCCCGAGGAGGCCAAACACGGUACCUUCGUGGGCCGCAUCGCGCAGGAUUUGGGGCUGGAGCUGGCAGAGCUGGUACCUCGCCUGUUCCGGGUGGCGUCCAAAGGCCGCGCGGACCUUCUGGAGGUGAAUCUGCAGAACGGCAUUUUGUUCGUGAAUUCUCGCAUCGACCGCGAGGAGCUGUGCGGACGGAGCGCGGUGUGCAGCAUCCACCUGGAGGUGAUCGUGGAAAAGCCGCUGCAGGUUUUCCAUGUGGAGGUGGAGGUGAAGGACAUUAACGACAACCCGCCGGUGUUCUCUCUCAGAAAACAAAGGCUGCAGAUUUCUGAAUCAAAGCAAACGGACUCGCGUUUUCCUCUAGAGGGAGCUUCUGAUGCGGAUGUAGGAGAAAAUGCUCUAUUGACCUACAGACUAAGUCCAAAUGAGUAUUUUUCUUUAGAAUUACCAACAAGUAGUAAGCUGACUAAAAGACUGUCACUUGUGUUAAAGAAGUCUCUGGAUAGAGAGAAAACUGCGGAACUUAAUUUGUUACUGACAGCUACAGAUGGGGGAAAACCGGAGCUCACAGGCACCGUUCAGCUCUUCGUCCGCGUGCUGGAUGUUAACGACAAUGAUCCGGAGUUUGAUCAAUCGGAAUACAAAGUGAGAUUGCUGGAAAACGCUGCUAAAAAAGCUUUUGUGACAAAGUUAAACGCCACAGAUCGAGAUGAAGGAGUCAAUGCGGAGGUAACAUACACUUUGAUAUCAGUUAAGCCCAAUGGAAGACCCUUAUUUACACUAGAUGAAAAUAAUGGAGAAGUGAGGGUCAACGGGACUUUAGAUUAUGAAGAAAACAAGUUUUAUGAAAUUGCAGUACAGGCCACAGAUAAAGGGAAUCCGCCGAUGGCAGGUCACUGUAUAGUCUGGGUAGAAAUCUUAGAUGCCAACGAUAAUGCCCCUGAAAUCACCAUGACUUCUCUGUCGCUCCUAGUACGAGAGGACGCUCAGCCUAGCACGGUCAUUGCCCUGAUCAGCGUAUCCGACCGUGAUUCUGGUGCCAACGGGCAGGUGGCCUGCUCUCUGACGCCCCACAUCCCCUUUAAGCUGGUGUCUACCUUCGAGAAUUACUACUCAGUGGUGCUGGACAGCGUCCUCGAUCGCGAGAGCGUGUCGACCUACGCGCUGGUGGUGACAGCACGGGACGGGGGCUCGCCUUCCUUGUCAGCCUCAGCCAGCGUGUCCGUGGAGGUGGCCGACGUGAACGACAAUGCACCUACAUUCUCAAAGCCCGAAUACACUGUGUUCGUGAAGGAGAAUAACCCGCCUGGCUGCCUUAUAUUCACAGUGUCUGCUCGCGACGCGGACGCUCAGGAGAACGCGCUGGUGUCCUACUCGCUGGUGGAGCGGCGGGUGGGCGAGCGCGUGUUGUCGAGCUACGUGUCGGUGCACGCCGAGAGCGGCAAGGUGUACGCGCUGCAGCCAUUGGACCACGAGGAGCUGGAGCUGCUGCAGUUCCAGGUGAACGCUCGAGACGCGGGCUUCCCUCCUCUGGAAAGCAACGUGACGCUGCAGGUGUUCGUGCUGGACGAAAACGACAACGCGCCGACGCUGCUGCCACCUGUGUCCCGCGGCGCAAGCGUACUAGUGAGCGAGUUGGUGCCGCGGUCGGUGGGCGCGGGCCACGUGGUGGCGAAGGUGCGCGCGGUGGACGCCGACUCUGGCUACAACGCGUGGCUGUCGUAUGAGCUGCAGCCGGCAGCAGGCGGCGCGCGCAGCCCUUUCCGCGUGGGUCUGUACACGGGCGAGGUGAGCACGACGCGCGCCCUGGACGAGGCGGACGCGCCACAACAGCGCCUGCUGGUGCAGGUGAGGGACCACGGGGAGCCUGCGCUGACGGCCACAGCCACCGUGUUGGUGUCGCUGGUGGAGAGCGGCCAGGCGCUGAAGACAUCUUCACGGACGUCGGCGGGCGCCGUGGGCAUAGAGGCGGCGCUGUUGGAUGUCAACGUGUACCUGAUCAUCGCCAUCUGCGCGGUGUCCAGCCUGCUGGUGCUCACGCUGCUGUUGUACACGGCGCUGCGGUGCUCGGCGCCGCCCACAGAGGGCGAGUGCGGGCAGGGGAAGCCCACGCUGGUGUGCUCCAGCGCGGUGGGGAGCUGGUCCUACUCGCAGCAGAGGCGGCAGAGGGUGUGCUCUGGGGAGGGGCCGCCCAAGACCGACCUCAUGGCCUUCAGCCCCAGCCUACCUCAGGGUCUGGAUACACAAGACGGAGAGGAAAGAUCGGAGACAGGAUCAAAUCACCCUGGACAGCCCCGACAGCCCAACCCUGACUGGCGUUACUCUGCCUCCCUGAGAGCAGGAAUGCACAGCUCUGUGCAUCUGGAAGAGGCUGGCAUUCUACGGGCUGGUCCAGGAGGGCCUGAUCAACAGUGGCCAACAGUAUCCAGUGCAACACCAGAACCAGAGGCAGGAGAGGUGUCCCCUCCAGUGGGGGCUGGUGUCAACAGCAACAGCUGGACCUUUAAAUAUGGACCCGGCAACCCCAAGCAAUCUGGCCCUGGUGAGUUGCCAGACAAAUUCAUUAUCCCAGGAUCUCCUGCAAUCAUCUCCAUCCGACAGGAGCCUACUAACAGCCAAAUUGACAAAAGUGACUUCAUAACCUUUGGCAAAAAAGAGGAGACCAAGAAAAAGAAGAAAAAGAAGAAGGGUAGCAAGACCCAAGAGAAAAAAGAGAAAGGGAACAGCACGACUGACAACAGUGACCAGUGAGGUCAUCUAAUGGAAACAAGCCACUUAGCCAGUUUUUGUAAUAAUGGCAAAUCUCUCCCAUGUAGCAUCUCCCUACUCCUUUCUCCUAUCCACAUGAGCCCUCUCUUGUAGACCUCAGAAAUCUGCAGAAAGUUCCCUGUGUCUGUCUAGAUCACAUUUAACAGGUUUUGUCUUGAAAGCUUUACUAAGUCUGGUGUUAACUCUUUUCUCUCCACUCUGGCUUGUUUGCAGAACCUAAAAAGCAGACCCAAGUUUCCUUUCUCCUCCGCCGCAAAGGAGAGGCUUCCCAGCCCUGCCAGUGAGAGGUUGGACUCUCUGCCCUGUGCUCCGGGGAUCCUGUCUUGAUGACACUUGCAGGGCAGGCUGAAAGGUUUUCAGAUUGAGCAGCUUGGGUGUUUGUGGCCACUGGGUAUGUGUGGCCACCGGGGUUAUGAGCGUAUCAAUCAGCUGGGAUGGGUCAGAUUAGACUAAUUGGUGCAAGAAGGGCUGGGAAACAAAGGCAGAUAAUCAGUGGGAGUUACCAGUCUGAAGGGGAAGUGUGAAAUUAAAAGGGACCAGACUUUCUAAAUCUUAAAAUUCAAAAGGUGGCGGCCGCUUUCUAGCAAACAAAACUGCCGCCACUGACAAGGCUUUAGGAGUGCCUAAAGUCUGUUGGCUGUGGUAUCAUCCUGAACCCUGUGUUAUAUCUAUAAGCCAAUAUUUCAGUGUUUAACAGAGGGCCCACCAGGGGAACAGAAACAGAUCUGAUGUGUUUCCUGUAUAUGUCCUUAUGCUCACUUUAUUAAAAAUUACUUUGCACACAAUGUUUAUGAAAAGGCCAGAUCCUUUUCCAACAACACAUAUGCAAAUGCAAAAGAAAAAAGAAAACCCCGACACCUCACUUUAUGCUGUUUGUUGUUUGAUAGAUUUAUUUUAAAAAGAGAAAAUCUAUAGCUAUAAAUCUUUAAAGAGAAGUAUGAUGAAUACAAUUCCCCUAAACUCCCCUCAAAAGAGAAUUCAGCCUACAGCCAUUUAAAUGAUCAUUGCUGCUACAGAAGUGCUUUAAGAGAAUUGCCUGAAACAUCUGUAUUAUACCAGCCACCUGCCAGUCACAGCUUUACUCUUUCAGGUCACUCUGGGGUUGCCUCUUGCAUGUAUUAAUUACUAAAUAAAAAGAUCUCUGUCUCUCUCUUUUGUAAAAAACAAUCAUGUGCGCUUUGAAUACACAACCUUCUCCAACCAACUGUAUCAAGACCCAGAAAUUGAAGAAAAAUACUGUUUUCUCAUACAUACAGUGAGCAGACUUUUCAGUCCUCUAAUUCUGUGACCUGUCUUGGUGUGCUAGCCUACACCUUCUCUUUGGUUUAGUUUUCCUUUUCUCUAACGCUUUGAAUUGCUACUCUUACUAACACCUAUGAUGUUACCUGAACUCAAUCUCCCAUAUGUAUGCUGUAUGCUAUUAUAAGACUUCUGAAAUAUGCUUACUCUGUGCUUGUGUAUGUGAAUGUUAAUGCACUUAUUACCUAGAGUGAACUUUAAGCUUUAUUGUUGAAUGUAAUGCCAUUAUAUUUUCUUUUGUACACCUGUGAAAAAGUGGAAUAGUGUUUUUUUUAACCAUUGUUAAUCAGCUUUUGUGUAUGAAAGACACAGUAAAAUUUCUUUCUUAAAUCAAGAUGCUGGUGAUUCAAGGAAUUUUUUUUUAUGGUCAGCCAAGAGCCAUCUUUUGCCAGGACUCCUGCUGGCAAGGGAAUGGAUAAAGCUGUUUUUUUCUAGUAACAGUUCUGGAAUAAAUAUUGAAGAUAUCCUAUGAGGGUAUGCAAGCACAAAAUUUACCAAUCUGACCUCUUUGAAAUCGCAGAAUGCUUUGAAAUUCUAAUGAUGUCUGGAAUAUCAGCUCAGAGAGAGUAAUAGAAUUUGCAGUCACCUUAAAUAAGAAAUUUCAAUUUUGUUAAAAUGUAAAAUUUAGAAGUUUGAUUAAUUAUAUUAUCUAUUUAAAAGUUAGUAUAAAAGAGGUAGGAGUUGUUACAAAAAAGCAUUAAAUUUCAAAAAAGCUGUUUUGUCUACUUUUAGCUUCAUUCUCCCAUAUUUGGAAGGGUGUGUAACUUCAGCUCUACAGGAUUGCAUGGGGUAAAAUUUGUUGCCAACACAUGUGAACCAUUGCUACAUUGUAGGCUGUGAUCAUUUUGCCCCACUGAAGCCUAUGUAUCUGACCUUACGUGCCUUUUGAAUACUAGGAGAAUCGGGCUAAUUUAUUACUGAUGAUAAUUAUAAUGUAUCUGUACGGCACUUUUUACUUUUGCAAAGUGCUUUCCAAUCCAUGUUAGUUACUAGUUAUUACAGCUGUAAGGAUAAAACAUCUCAUUUGGAUUCAUUUUUAAUUGGUGCUAUUGGUAUUUCCUCUGUUAUUGCUAAUAAAUGGAAAAUGGUGAUAUGAAAGAAAUGGUGGUCAUUUCUAAGUAC